UAGAUUAGUAUAAUACACACUAUAAAUUAUUUAUAUUUUUAAAUAAUUCGCUGCCCUUACGUCAUUAUUUUAUUUUGGCGCAGUUUUCUUUCAGUUAUAAUCUAGCUAUUUAAAAACCAAAAACAAUUCAUUUAACAUUUAAGUUGUGGCUCGCUACCUAGCUAGCUAGCUAGCUAACUAUCUUAGCAACUUAACCAGAGACCAGUACAGUGCUAGCGGUUAGACUGGAAGGCAACUGCAGCUAGCACGCUAGUUAGCCGAGCCAUUCAUGUUUUGUAUGUAAACAUCAGGAAUAAGGCAGCGGUGAGAUUUCCACAUCGAAGACGAAGAGAUUUUAAGUUAAGGAGGAGCUUCAAGAAGCUCUGGAUGCGUGGGUGAUCAUGCGAGUGCCUCAUCUCCAUCCCCGCGCUCGCUGACGCCUCACGUUUCGAUCCUCUGAGCGGGCCCUGCGAUGCAGCCAUGAGCUCGGCGCUGUGGAAUCAGGAGAAGGGGGCGGGCAGCCCGCGGGACGACUGGCGCUUCUUCAUGCUGCUGAAGGAGUGCGUGGUGGAGAAGGCGGCGCAGAAGGUGGUGCGUGUGCCGCGUGGCAGCCUGGGUCAAGUCUGCCCCGAGCGCACCUCCCUGGGCCGCCCGCUGCCCCCCACCAAGGGCAAGCGCAGCCUGCGAAUUCUGGACCAGAGCAACGUGGUGGCGAGCGUAGACGAGCGCGAUGCCCUGGAGCUGGACGAGGCUCUGGCCGAGCUGCUCUUCCCCAUCACCAACUGCGAGGAGCGCUACGGGCUGCUGUGUGACACGGCGCGUCUCCAGCGGGCUCGCUCUAUCCGCUGCGGCUCCAGGGUGCGAGUGCAGCUGCGCUCCGGCGACCCGCCGUUACCCGGCGUCGUCAGAUUCAAAGGAGCUCUGCUGCCUGACCGCGCUCUGUCGGGAAUCUGGUUCGGCGUCGAGCUGCUGGAGGAGGGUCGUGGUCAGGGUUUUACUGAGGGCUCGUAUCAGGGCCAGCAGCUGUUCCGCUGUGAGGACGAGUGCGGUGUAUUUGUUGCUCUUGAUAAACUGGAGCUCUGGGAGGACGAGGAGCUGGAGGUGGAUCACCUGAGCCUGGUGGACAAUGAACCGGAUGUGGAAGGAGAUUUCCUGCCUCUGGAGCUCAACUCUCGUGUCAUGGUGCAAACACACGAGGGCCCUGAGCGCGGGACAGUCAUCUUCUGCGACCUUUUACCUGGCAACGAGACCCUUGGCUAUUACGUCGGUGUCGAUAUGGACAAUCCCAUCGGAGACUGGGACGGCGUGAUCGACGGGAAACUGCUGUGUAAUUUCGCCAGCCUCGAGCACACCCGUCUCGUGCCCAUCUGUGAUGUCAUGCCAGAGUACUCCAUGCAGGACCCGAGGCUGUCGAAAGCCAGCUUUGAGAAGUCUGGAAGUCAGAGCAAACCAAAGAGCAAAGGGUUAGGUCUGCAGGCUGCCAGCAGAAGCAAGUCUGAGUUUUAUUAUACGCUAAAUGGCAGCUCUGUCGAUCAUCCGACCCAGUCCAAAUCCAAAAGCACGUGGUACAUAGACGAAGUGGGCGAAGACCCAGCCAAGUCCCUGACGGAAACGCCCCCCGACUUCAACCAGGCCUCGCCGCCUCCCCGAGCCCCGCCCACCGCCCCCUCACUGUCCAGUGACAACAAGUUCCACUCGCUGCCCUUCAGCCUGAGUCGCAAGAGCGGCCCCAAUGGGAGCAUGAGCCAUGGGCCACUCUCACUGUCCGUCCAGUCGGUGAUGGGAGAACAGCAGGAGGCUCCGCCCCCACCGACAGCUCCCUCUCCGAGGCCACCGUCACCCCCUAAAGGUCAGCCGGGGUUAGAGGUCGGGUCACUGGUAGAGGUGAAGGAGAAUCCGCCCCUGUGUGGGGUGAUACGCUGGGUGGGCCUGCCGGCUGGACUACUGGAGCCUCUUGCAGGGCUGGAGCUGGAAGAGGAGUGUGUAGGAUGCACUGACGGUACUUUUAAAGGCACACGCUACUUUACCUGUCCUCCAAAGAAAGCUUUGUUUGUGAAACUGAAAUGCUGCCGACCAGAUUCUCGCUUCCCUUCGCAACACCACUCACCCAAUCCAAUUGAACGCUGCAAUUCUAUAGCGUUUGGUGGUUACCUGAGCGAGGUGGUGAAUGAGAACACGCCUCCUCGUACAGAGAGUGAUGGCCUGGAUGUGAUGGUCGGGAAGAAGAAAGGCAUUCAAGGCCACUACAACUCCUGUUACUUGGACUCAACGCUCUUCUGUCUGUUUUCGUUUAGCUCAGUGUUGGACACGGUGUUACUGAGGCCGAAGUCUAAGACUGAUGUAGAAUACUACCUGGAGACACAGGAGCUGUUACGCACUGAGAUAGUCAACCCACUGCGGAUUCAUGGUUAUGUCUGCGCAACUAAGAUCAUGAAGUUGCGGAGAAUUCUAGAAAAGGUGGAGGCUGCGUCAGGAUUCACGUCAGAGGAGAAAGAUCCUGAAGAGUUUCUCAACAUCCUGUUUCACCACAUCCUGAGGGUCGACCCUCUGCUUAAGCUACGCUCUGCUGGCCAGAAAGUUCAGGACUGUUACUUCUACCAGAUCUUCAUGGAUAAGAAGGAUAAAGUACUCGUGCCGACUAGCCAGCAACUGCUGGAGUGGUCCUUCAUCAACAGUGACCUCAAGUUUGCUGAGGCUCCCUCUUGUCUUAUCAUCCAGAUGCCUCGCUUUGGGAAGGACUUUAAGAUGUAUAAUAAGAUUUUCCCGUCUCUGGAGCUGGACAUCACGGAUCUUCUGGAAGACACACCCAGAGAGUGCCGUAUCUGUGGUGGUUUAGCUCUUUAUGAGUGCAGGGAGUGUUAUGAAGAUUCUGACAUCACAGCAGGAAAGAUUAAGCAGUUCUGUGAAAAGUGCAAUACACAGGUGCAUCUGCACCCACGGCGUAAGAGUCAUCGCUACAGUAAGCUCUCGUUACCCAAAGAGCUGCAGGAGGGCACGUGGAGACAGGCUUCGUUCCCCCGCCAGCAGAUGGAGCUGUUCGCCGUGCUCUGCAUCGAGACCAGCCACUAUGUGGCCUUCGUUAAGUACGGCUCAGCCCCGUCCUCCUGGCUCUUCUUCGACAGCAUGGCCGACCGAGACGGUGGGCAGAAUGGUUUUAACAUCCCGCAGGUGUCUCCGUGUCCUGAAGUGGGAGCGUACCUGAAAAUGACCCCUGAAGAGCUCCACGCCCUCGACCCUAAAAACAUCCAGGGCUACGCGCGCCGCCUGCUCUGCGAUGCUUACAUGUGCAUGUACCAGAGCCCUACCAUGAGCCUGUAUAAAUAAAAAAAAAAAGAGAGAGAGAGAGAGAGAGAAAGGAAAGAUGGAAGAGGAGACACAAAUAGAAGGCUAGAAGACGAGAGGAGACGAUGAGAGAAAUUAGGACGGAGAAGGACUUCGAAACUGAGAUCAAAACUGACAUUGGAACGGAGAAGGACUUCAUCGCACAGAACCAACACUCCCUGUAACUGUUACCGUUAUGCCUGAUUCUCUGUGUACAUAGUCAAGUAUGAGGACGAGAAGGGGGGGGCGGGGAGCUGAUUUGCACUGUUUGUGUGUGUGCGUGUGUAUGUGUGUGUGUGUUUUUGUCUGUGUGUAUCAGAGUAUAUCGUAAUUAUUGGGGUGAACAGUAACCCAAAAUGGCGUUGUCUUUUUGUUUUGUCACUCCAGUACAGCAGGAAGGAACUGCUGUAACAAAUACUGAUCUGAAACAUUACCAGAUGCUCCGUACUUAUUCUUAAUAAAUCCAUCUAUAAAACACAUCCAGCGCACGGUUGACUCGAGUUUAUGAUCUGUAGCGUCUGCAGCUUCCGUUUUCAGCCUCUGUAUUUUGCUGUGACGUUUGUGUCUCGUGUAUCGACCUACAGCGUAAAAGUGUCCUGAAAGCGCAAGGGAAAGCUUUUAUAUACUUACUGAAGUGAGGCUCUGUUCCUAAAGCACACAAGUAUUAUUUUUAAUCACGAUUCACCGUAAAGCUUUGUGCAUUCUGUAUUAAUUAAAGCAGGAAUAUUGGCUUUACCUGCUUGUGGUAUAGCUCUGUGCUAUGCUGUGUAAUACGCUAGGAAGCUGCCUAUUACCCCUAAGUUGAUUAUUUUCCAAUAACAGCAGUGUUUUAUUCCUCUUACACCACUGCAAUUCGCCAGCAAUUAAAAGAAUGUUACGUUAUACUUUUUUAUCCAUUUAAUGUUGUGGAACAUUUACAAACAUACAAUUGCCUCUGUCCUGUAUGUACACGGCAAAAAAAAAAAGACAUCUAAGCAAGUGAAAAUAUCUGGAAUAUAAUCAAAUCUAUCUAGUAUUUCCUAUUAUAAAAUCACAAUAAUCCAAAUAUAAGAUAUUAAACCUAUUUUUAGACUUUUUUAAAACUAAUUUCAAGCUUAAAAUAAAUGUUCUUAUUUUGCUGGCAGAAUUUUAAGCAUCUAUUUUUUUUAAAAAGAAGCAGAAUGAUCUGCCAAUAGAAGAAGAAAAUUUAAAGCUUGAAAUGAUUUCUAUUUUUUAUUUAAUUGUAAUCUUAUUAUAGGAAAUACUAGAUAAUUAUGACUAUAUUCAAGAUAUUUUCACUUGCUAUGAUAUUUUUGGAUAUUUUUUUGUGAACUUUUUUAAGUUCACAACUUAAAGUUACACUGCAAAAAUGAUAGCAAGUGAAGAUAUCUUGAAUAAAGGAAAAGGUAUCUAAUAUUUCUCAUUAUGAGAUUAUUGUAAACAAAUGUAAGACUAUUAAGCCUAUUUCUAAACAUUUACUAACUUCAAUCCUAAAAUUUUGUUCUCAUUUUAUUGGCAGAGGAUUUUGCUUCUUUCUGGAAGUAAAUGCUUGAAAUAAUUAAAAUGAAUCUUGAAAUUAGUAAACAUCUAGAAAUGGGUUUAGUAAUCUUAUAUUUGAUUAAAGAUCUAAACUAAUAAAGAGAAAUAUUAGUCGAAGUUGCCUAUGUUCUUUAUGUUUGCAGUGUAGCCUUACCUCUGACUGUUACACUGCAAAAAAUAAAAUAAAAAAGUAAAACAUAUCUUGAAUAUAGGCAAAUUUGAAUAUAGGCAUUUUUUUUAAUGUUUAGAAUUUUUUUUAAAACAAUGUUUCUACUGAUGUCAGGCUUGAAAUCAUAUUAAAAAAAUGCCUGGUAGAUGACUUUGCUUAUUUCAUGUUUAUUUCUAGAAAAAAAGCACAAUUAAGCAAAAUUAUAUAAUAAUCUCUUAAUAAGGAAAUAUUGGCUAACUCUUCUUUCUUUCACUUGCUAUCAUUUUUUUUUGCAGUGCACAAAGCACUGACACUGGAGACUCCUUCCAAAAAAAUGUUAAAUAUCUCAUAACAGAAAAGGUAACAAUAUCAAUGAUUACAUGUUGUUGUUUUUUUUUUUAAUCGUUUAUGUGCAGCCAGAACUCCAGUCAGAGCUGCUGUUAUAGAAAAUGAAUCAACUCCUUCCGUCUAAACCAAUCAGAUUUGAGAAUUCAGCAAUGUUGUGGUCUGUGUGUACUUUAUUAAGAAGUGUGCAUAUUUCCUGUUUGUGCUCGACUAAUGCGAUUUUUCUGAAGGUGUUGGGUCAAGGAUGAGUACAUCUGCCAUGUGGUUACACUUUGUUUGUUACGUCAGUGCACUGCUUCACUCCCAGUCACAGUGUGCUGGUGCUCGUGUAGUCGGAGUGGUGUUUUCUACUGAGCAAAGCCUAAUCAGCAUUGUAGCAGGUGUAGCGUACACACCACUAACCAAUCUUGUUUCUGAGACAUCUUAAUAAUCCUGAAUUUGGAAUAUUGGUUAUCCCAGGGUUUGCUAAUGUGUGUACGUACAAUUCUGAGAGUGUUAAUGACUCUCACAGGUUUUAUAUCUAAAAUAUAUCGAGAAGUUGUGUGUAAUGUUUAAGUGCUUGUCUAAGUCUGAUUCUCAUUCAUGUCCAAGUCGGAUUUCAUGGAUGAAGAACGCAUCGUAGGUCAACCCUGCUGAUCUUAUUUUUUUAAACCUGUUUUUAAUUUUUUUUUUAAAGAAAAGAUUCCAAUUUCUUUCAAAAUUCAGCUGGUUUUCCGUAAUGUGGAAUUAAUAAUCGUGCAUUGUUGACAGACUCCUUUGAUGGUUGCACAGAUGAAGGUGGUGAACUGUAAAGGCUUGUGAUGGUGUUGUACAGCUGGAUUAUGCCGUGUCUGGUGUACCUGUUCAACUCGAACCCUGGUUUCGUUUAUUUGUGCUCUUCUCAUGAAUGUUAACUAAAUUAAAAGCCCAUUUUCAAAACA